AUGGAAGCAUAUCUCAGAGGCUUAUGCCUUACGAGCUUGCUCGCUUUCAUGCCCUUGGCAUACGCUGGAUUUAGCUCUUCAUCCUCUAGUAACUUAGCUGUCUACUGGGGUCAAAAUUCUUACGGCCAAGGAACCGGCACCCUUGCUCAACAGAGAUUGUCAUACUAUUGUGCAACUUUGAUCUUCAUUCCUGUGCUAAACAAAAGUAGAGAGGAUAUUGCUACCUGCCAGUCAACCUAUGGGAAAACAAUCCUCCUGUCCGUAGGUGGAUCUACAUAUACUGAAGGUGGUUUCACAUCCGAGGAUGCUGCAGUAGCAGCUGCAAGUAAUCUUUGGGAUAUCUUCGGCCCUCCCACCUCAUCUUCUGUUACACGCCCCUUUGGCACCUCGGUAAUUGACGGUUUUGACUUCGACUUCGAAUCCACUGUUCAAAACAUGGUUCCAUUUGCCAAUCAACUCCGCUCAUUAAUGACCGCUUCUUCAUCAUCUACCGGAAAGCAAUAUAUCUUGACUGCUGCACCCCAGUGCCCAUACCCGGAUGCGGCGGACGGAAGCAUGCUUGCCGGAGCAGUAUCUUUUGAUGCAAUCUUCAUCCAGUUUUACAACAAUUACUGUGGCGUGCAAUCGUACACAGUUGGCUCCAGCACGCAGAACAAUUUCAACUUCGAUACCUGGGACAACUGGGCAAAAACAGUGUCUCUGAAUCCAGACGUCAAAUUACUUCUUGGCAUUCCCGGAAACACCGGUGCAGGUGCUGGCUAUGAGACUGGAACCACUCUUGCAGCAGUUAUUGCUUAUUCAAAAAGCUUUUCCAGCUUUGGGGGUGUGAUGAUUUGGGAUAUGAGUCAAGCGUAUUCAAAUUCGGGUUUCAUAGAUGGUGUCACCAAUGAUCUUGCAGCUCCGGCAUCUACUACGGUCGGAACAACCCUUACCACUUCUACGACAAAGCUGACAACAACAGCGACGACGACAACGGGGAGUACAACGCCAACGAAUACAGGUUUAGUGAGCCAGUGGAAUCAAUGCGGAGGACAAGGUUGGACGGGAGGAACUCAGUGUAUUGCUCCCUAUGUUUGCACCACCCUAAGCGUUUGGUACUCAAUGUGCGAGUGA